AUGGCGUGGUUGCUGGAUCUCUCCCUCACUCAGUUGGGGCUAUCGUUCGUCGCCGCGGGACUACUCUAUACAAUCGGACUGGCCAUUCAACGACUAUGGCUUUCCCCCAUCGCCCACUUCCCCGGUCACAGGUGGGCUGCCCUCACCAUGUGGUAUGAAUGGUACUACGACUCCUAUCUCGAGGGAGAAUACACUUUCCAGAUCGCCGAAAUGCAUCGUCAAUACGGGCCCAUUGUCCGUAUCAGUCCCUACGAGUUACAUAUCAACGACCCCGAAUAUAUCGAUGUGCUCUACUCGCGCGAAGCCCCUCGCAACAAAUCGCUUCAUUUGACAGGCAUGUUUGGAGCGCCCGCCUCGGCAUUUGGCACGGUCGACUAUCGUCAUCAUCGUAUCCGCCGCCAGCCCAUGAACCCGUUCUUCUCGCAGCAGAGAAUCCGUUCACUCGAGCCCAUGCUGCGGGAGAUGGUGGAGAAGCUGUGCGUGGGCAUGCGCGGAUGGAUGCAACGACAAGCGCCACUGCAUCUCUACCACGCAUUCAACGCCUUCACCACCGACGUCGUGGUCGAAUAUACCAUGGGCCAGUCAUUCCACUAUCUCGACGACCCGGAUUUCAGUCCCCAGUGGUCCACGACCAUUCAAGCCAUUGUGCGCGCGGGCAUGCAGUUCAAACAGUUCCAGUGGUUCAUGGCUCUCUUCGAGCUGCUCCCUCGAUGGUUGGUGCUGAAGAUCAAUCCGGACCUGGGACCUGUGCUGGACCAAAAGGCGGAAAGUAUUCGACUGGCCAACCUGGUCAUUGAUAGUCAAAAUCCCGAGAAAGUCACCGACAAAAAGGCCCUGGUCCCCCGGGGCACUUUGUUCCAUGCGUUGCUGGAGAGUGACCUGCCACCGGAGGAAAAGGCGGCGCCACGAUUGAGUCAGGAGGUGUUCACCGUCAUUGCAGCUGGUGGAGAGACGACGGCCAAGAAUUUGACCACCGUGUCGUAUCACCUGUUGAGUAACCCGGACAUUCUGGCCAAGUUGCGCGAGGAGUUGAACCGAUUGGAUCCGAAUGGCACAGCGUCGUUGAAAGACUAUGAAACCAUGCCAUAUCUGACCUCGAUCAUGCUAGAGGGUCUCCGAGUCUCUUUUGGUGUGGCCACACGAUUGCAACGCAGCUCACCCGAUCAACCCAUGAUGUAUCAAGAUUGGGUGAUACCUCCCGGUGUCCCCGUCGGAAUGACCAGCUUACUCCUCCACAACAACCCGGACAUCUUUCCCAAUCCCGAGAAAUUUGAUCCAGAACGGUGGAUGAAUCCCACAGAGCGACACCGACUCGAAAAGUACCUCCUCGCCUUCAGUAAAGGAUCUCGACAAUGUAUUGGUAUCACCCUCGCCAAAGCCGAGAUCCUCCUCGUCAUCGCCACGAUAUUCAGACAAUUCGACAUGGAACUCUACGAGACCACCUAUGAAGACGUCCGCGUGGUACGGGACAUGUUCAACGGACAUCCGCGCAAGGGCAGUCCCGGCGUGAGAGCCAUGGUGACCGGGUGCAGGAAAGAGCUCCAGCAGCCUGGGGCAGAACAAUUGAUGCGAGGCUAG